AUGCCAUCAACAUCGCAGAAUUUUGAUCCUUCAAUUCAUCUGGCCUAUCAGAAGCCAAAGGAAAUCCACACGCUUUCUGAUAUUAAGUUGGAGAAUUCUCCAAUAUCAGAGAUUGCCUCAACUGACCCAUUUCCCUUCCUUUCCGCCGAAGGUGUGCGAGCCUUCCGACGCGAACUCUUCUCCAAGGAUGUAUUGGAUAAUUGCAGCUACAAGACUCGCCCUGGGUCAGUACAAAUACGUGGCAUGGCCCCGCGUUUCGCACCAUUCACCACCCAGUUCUGGACUUCACCUGAAGUUCUGGAAAUUGUAAGCAGUCUGGCCGGCGUGGAUCUCAUACCGGUUAUAGACCAGGAGAUCUGUCAUACCAAUGUGCAGCUAGGACCGGAAGGGCUUGAAGGUGUUAGACAUACACCUGUUGAUCCUCCAAGCGCACUUCCUGGAUACAAAGAAACGUCAAAUGGGGAUAACGGAGAGAAGCCUUCGGCUGUCGUCCCAUGGCACAGAGACUCAUAUCCGUUUGUUUGUGUUGUGAUGUUGUCAGACACGAGUACGAUGACAGACGGUGAAACGGAGAUGCAAAAGGGCGACGGAUCGACUGUCAAAGUUAGAUCCCCGGAAACAGGCGGAGCGGUUGUUCUGCAAGGGCGACAUGUAAGCCACAUCGCUAUUCCGGCAGGAAACAUGCCCGAGCGCAUCACUCUUGUGACAUCGUUCCGGCCCCGGUCUCCCCUUCUGGUUGAUGAUUCAAGCCUUAUGAACGUUCGGACCAAGUCCCUUCUACCGGAACUCUAUUACCAAUGGUCGCAUUAUCGACUGCGCCUACUAAGUGAACGAUUCAAGCACGAGGCGAAGUCCUUGGAGGAUUCUUACAAUCGUGCCGUUCAGAAGUGCGAUCCGGAGGGUAGACCAGGUCAUUGCACUAUCGAAACGGUUGACGUCGAAGCGCUCACGCGCUGGAUGGAAGAGCAGAUGCGCUAUAUGCGCCAAACACUCUUUGAGAUGCGACCUGUUACAGCCGAGGACAACAUCAACAAGAACUAUAUCCCCCAAGUGGAGUGA